CCUUCCCUGCGUAGUCUUCUCCGUCCUUACGUGAUGACGUACGUCAUUACGUCGUGGCGAGCCGAAAAUGGCGGAGUACCUGGCAUCCAUUUUCGGCACAGAGAAAGACAAGGUCAACUGCUCCUUCUACUUUAAAAUCGGUGCUUGCAGACAUGGGGACCGCUGCUCUAGAUUGCACAACAAACCAACCUUCAGCCAGACCAUCCUGAUCCAGAACAUCUACCGGAAUCCCCAGAACAGCGCACAGACGGCCGACGCCUCUCGCUGUGCUGUCAGUGAUGUGGAAAUGCAAGAGCACUACGAUGAGUUCUUUGAGGAAGUCUUCACAGAAAUGGAGGAGAAGUACGGAGAGGUGGAGGAGAUGAACGUAUGCGAUAACUUAGGUGACCAUCUUGUCGGCAAUGUCUAUGUUAAGUUUCGUCGUGAGGAAGACGCAGAGAAAGCGGUGAUGGACCUGAACAACCGCUGGUUCAACGCCCAACCCAUCCACGCAGAGCUGUCGCCAGUCACCGACUUCAGGGAAGCGUGCUGCCGCCAGUACGAGAUGGGGGAGUGCACCAGAGGAGGCUUCUGUAACUUCAUGCACCUCAAACCCAUUUCACGGGAACUUCGACGGGAGUUGUACGGCCGACGCAGGAAAAGGCACCGCUCUCGCUCACGUUCCAGGGAGCGCCGUUCCCGCUCCAGGGAUCGACGACGGGACCGCGAGCGGCGGCGGUCGAGGGACCGAGAACGUUCGGGAAGGUUCUAAACAAAGGCCGGACUGACCCGACGUCCCACCAACUACCCCCCCCCCCAGACCCCUGCAGUCAUGACAGUUAUUUUCUCUGUUUU